UGUCGGAGCGCUGGUCUCCUCCUUCCUUCAGCUGUCAGUCAGCAGAAUAGCACCCGGCCGGAAGCAGUGGAGGAUAGCUGCAGAUUUUCACUCGUUCAGAAUACACUUUUGGGCGGUUGCAGCCUGAUAUUUCUGUCGCAUGGAGUAAUCAAGCCGCUUUUCUCCGUUGUCAUCACUGGGGACCUGCAAAAAGAAGGAGAGGCUUUGCGCUGCACGUACCAGUGCUGUUUCUGCGCAGUGGGCUGUUCUGCUCGGAUUCGGGCUGCUUUGGAAGCCCCCGCUGAUGAGCUAGAUCCGUCAGCUUUAGCGCUUUCGUAUCUCAGCGUGGCCAGAUUUUGAUCAUUUGGGCGUGUGGAAGAUGGGCCUGGCGGAGCCGAUGGAUCGCUAGCUUAAUUGCGGCUCAGCUCCUGGCGUUGAAGGGAGAGGGGUGACUGCUGUCCGUGGAGCCGGGCGUGCUAGCGCUGGCGGCUGCUCGUUAGCCAGCUAGCAGGGGACUGGCGAAAAGAGAAGGAGCGGGCAUAUCGAUCCGGCGCUUCAUGCACGGCUAACCCGAUAUCUGCACGGCAUGCUGAGGGGGACGGGGGCUUAGGUGGCGACGGAAGGACGAGCACAGAUAACCAGUUUCUUUCGCUUUAUCCCUUUUUUUGGGGGGGAGGCUUCUGAGCUGGAGAAGCGCGCGGCGGUUUAGCAACAGCAGCGCGAGCUGUCCCCCCUCCCUUCCCUCCCCGCCGCCCACAAUUCGACCGAACCGACUUAGCUAGCUAGUUAACCUAGCUAGUCAGCUUUACUAAAUAUGGCCUCGGCCAGCAGCAUCGCCGCAUCUAUCGCCAGCAAAACCAAGACGAAGAAGAAACACUUCGUGGCCCAGAAAGUGAAGCUGUUUCGCGCCAGCGACCCGCUGCUCAGCGUCCUUAUGUGGGGAGUCAACCACUCGAUCAAUGAGCUGAGCCAUAUUCAGAUUCCCAUCAUGCUGAUGCCAGAUGACUUCAAAGCCUACUCCAAGAUCAAGGUGGACAACCACCUCUUCAACAAGGAAAACAUGCCAAGUCAUUUCAAAUUUAAGGAAUACUGCCCUCUUGUCUUCCGGAACCUAAGAGAGAGGUUCUCUAUCGAUGAUCAAGACUUUCAGAACUCUCUCACUCGGAGCGCCCCCAUUCCUAGUGACGCACAGGGACGCAGCGGUGCAAGGUUCCAUACCUCUUAUGACAAGAGGUACGUCAUCAAGAUCAUCACCAGCGAGGACGUCGCCGAAAUGCACAACAUCUUGAAGAAGUAUCACCAGUUCAUUGUGGAGUGCCAUGGCAACACAUUGCUUCCCCAGUUCCUUGGCAUGUACCGCCUCACGGUUGAUGGAGAUGAGACCUACAUGAUCGUCACGCGCAACAUUUUCAGCCACCGGCUGUCCGUCUACAAGAAGUACGACCUCAAGGGCUCUACAGUGGCCAGGGAGGCAAGUGACAAGGAAAAGCCGCCGCGCCCGCCCGAGGAGGCAGCGCCCGCCAAAUCGCGCAUGAGCCAAAAGCUGCAAACGAUCAGGAUCGCCACGCGUUUUUACUGCGCCAUCAAACACACCAAGGAGCUCCCCACAUACAAAGAUAAUGACUUCAUCAAUGACGGCCAGAAGAUCUACAUUGACGAGGACAACAAGAAGAUGUUCCUAGACAAGCUCAAGAAAGACGUUGAGUUCUUGGCCCAGAUGAAGCUGAUGGACUAUAGCCUGCUGGUCGGGAUCCAUGACGUGGAGCGGGCUGAGCAGGAGGAGGUAGAGAGCGAGGACAACGACGGCGAGGACGAGGGGGAGAGUGACGGCGGAGCUGUGGGUACCCCCCCUGACAGUCCCAGCAACACCUUGGACAGCACUAAGCCAUUGGGACCUGGGGAGUUUGACCCAACCAUUGACGUUUAUGCAAUCAAGAGCCAUGACAAUUCGCCAAGAAAGGAGGUCUACUUCAUGGCGGUGAUAGACAUCCUGACCCAUUAUGAUGCUAAGAAGAAGGCCGCCCAUGCAGCCAAGACCGUGAAGCACGGGGCGGGAGCAGAGAUCUCCACGGUGAACCCUGAGCAGUACUCCAAGAGGUUCUACGACUUCAUCACAACCAUUCUGUCAUAGCCUGGGGUUCAUAUGGUGGCAGGGAUAAGUUGGAACCCCAGGGGACGGAGAGGGACCCCGGCAGUAGGACGGCAGGCGCGCUCACAUUCAGCCUCGGGGGACGCCCUCAGCAGCUGCGUUCAUCGUUUGUUUACAUUUAUGUUACAUUUUGUUUUUUCGACUCGUUCCGUAGGACGGGAGGGGUAGUAAAGGAGAAAAGGAAGUACCUUCAAAGCUGGUAGCAUGUGGGAAUUUUGCCGUUCUUCUUUUGUAAUAUAUGUUAUUUCUCCCAGCAUUCUCAAGUUACAUGUUUGUCAUAGUGUUUCCGUUGUUCUUUUUAGUGAGAAAUUAAAUGGGGAACCUGGGGUGGGGUUGGGGGUGGGGGGGGCAAUGUGUUCUGUUCCCAGAGAAGACUGAAAAUUUGAUGGACAUCCCUCCCACUGGACUUUGAAAAUGUUUGUUGGUAUUUUUCGUUCGUUCGUUUGUUCGUUCGUUUUUUUUUUUUUUAUUAUUAUUAUUAUUAUUAUUUUUUAAUGGAAGUAAUUUUAGCGUUUUAUAGGCUGUGUCCGCAGUGGGCGGGGCCAACAGGCGUAGAGAGGGAGCGGCAGGAAGUGCAGGCCAGGCCACCUUAUGGCUAGCUCCCGCUGAGCACUGCAGCGGAGCAGUCUUCCACAAAACCGCAGCGAGCAUCGCGCCCAUCGCUGAGCUGAUGUCGGCUUCACCCGUCACUGCCUGUAGCGCCCCCUUUUGACGACCACUCCACACCCAUCCUCAUACUCCUGUCUCCCAAGGAGACCGGCAUCAGCAUCUGACAGUACCACAGCCUCUCACGUUGUCGCCCUCCGCCCUCUGUCUCUUUCUUCUUCCUCCCCUCCUUCACUUGCUGACUGGCACAAAUACGACGCAUUUGUAUCGUUACUGAUUUUUUUUUUUUGUUUUUGAUGUUCGGUGUUUUUCCUCCUCUGUUCCAGAGAAUAUUAACUUUUGCCGACUCUAUCGCCUCUGUUGGUCUGGUUUCAAAUGUUAUUGACAGGAAAACUCCGGUUUAGCUGCCGUGGCAUCACAUCGAUAUAGAUCAGAUUUUUAUUUUCUGUUUUCUUGUACUGGCAGGAAGUUGAAAGCAGUGGUCUGUUACGAAAGUUUGUUUUAAAUGUCACCCGCCUUGCCAAUCGUAUUGACCUUGUCAGUUUCUCCUAGUGGGCUGUGUGACGUCAUUCAGCUGUACAUUAAAACUUGGUCACAUACAAGGAAAUUACAUAUAAACUAACUCCAAACAAAUAAAAACAGUGUUUUUACGCAUGACAAAACUCACCAAAAUGCUUGUGUGUUUAUUCUCUAUGGUUACCGUGAUCUUUUCAAAGGAAAUGCAAUACUGACACCAAUUAUGUGAAUUGUAGCCUGUGCGGUAAAAUUUUAGGUAACAAACAUCACAAGCUAAAUAAUUAAUUUUUCUUCUAUAUUGACUUAAUUGUUAUUAUUUGAACCCAUGCAAAAAUCACAUUUAGUUUUUUUUUGUUUGGAUAUAUGAAUGAUCUAUUUUUACAUUCCAUUUUAGUCAACACAUCUUUGUAAGUAUUUUAAAAAAAAACACCCAGAAUGAGUGUACAUGUUCUGAUAUAUGAAGGAUGUUAUUGUUUAAAAUGUGUACAAAACUUAAACAGUGUAAAAACAAAAAAGAGCAUGUUGCCUAAAUUAACUACUUUUUUGUUUCGUCCGGUUCCGGUAACCUAUAGUAUUACCUAUUCUGGUACAGUUACAUGUUCUUUCUCCAGAAUAUAGUUUGCGAAAUAAUCCUAAACAUGCUUUAUGCUGUUUUCAAUGUAUUCACUGUGCGAGAGGUGUGCCUUUUUAUUCCAAAUUAUUUAAUUUUGUAUUUUUAAUUUUUUUAAAAAAAAAACAAAGGUAAAAAGGUUAUUUUCUAAAAACGGAGGUUGAAGUCGGUUCUGAGGCUACUCCACGUUUUUUCUGUGUAGGUGUACAAAUAUAUAUAGUGACAUAAGACUACACGAGUUUAAUAACAAAAAAAAACAAAAGAAAAAAUUGCCAUCUAUCUUUUCCGAUGUGAUUUUGAAUGUCUGCAUAGCCGACCUCAGUUCUGUUCAGACAGAGGCGCGUGUCGUGACUUUGAUAGUGUAGAGUGGUGUCUAGUCCGACUGUGAUGUCAUUGUGCUCACGCUUCCCCAUCAAUGUGCGGAACACUCAAGUAGCAGCCCCCUUCCUCCGACUUCCCACCUCUUAUUGGACGCUGUAACAUCUCAAAACUCGUCCGCUAUAAUGCUGUUAGUCCGGACUUUUUUUUUUAUUAUUAUUUUUUAAAUAUUGUCCAAUGCAUGAGGGAUUUAUGACACUUUCAAAUGCCGUAUGAUGUUACUUUGAUGGGAAAAAAAAAGUAACAGCUAUUUUGAUUGGUGGUGUAAACUCUGGUCAGAUGGACUAUGAACUGCAAAAGAAUUUGUCCACAAGAUGGUUGUCUGUGGGCCCCUAACAGGAGUAACCAGCUUCAACAAAAUGUGUUAAACUCACAAGGAGAUUGUCUCACACAGCUUUAAAGUAUUUUGUAAAAACAAAAGAUAAAAAAAAAACGUCACUGCAUGGUCAGAGUGCCUGACUUGUUGCCCCUGGUGGUUCUGAGUUGGUUUUCCACGUCCAUCCGCAUUUCCCUCUUGCCAAAAAGCAACCUCAGCCUGAGCUCAUGUUUGCAGUUCACUGUUACUUUGCGUUACAUUUCUGUUGAGUGCAAUGAUCACAAAAGCUCAGUAACGUUCAGUAUAUUCAGAAUUUUGCAGACAUAUGAAAACAGUUCUGGCCUUUUUUUUAUGUAAUUUUUUUUUUUUUUUUUUAGAAAAAUAUAUGACAUUUGCCAUCGUUUAUUGGUUCACGUGACUUCAAUGUUUUCAUUAAAGAUCUGGAAAUAUCCUCAAGUGUGGCUUGUAUGCUGUAUGUUAUAUGCUUUGAAAGUUAUUGAUGAUGAUAAUUUACUAUUCAUGAUGAUAAUGCUCAUGAACCAUUGUCCCUGUGAAUAACUGUGGAGGGUGAGGGCGGCCUCGUAUUGUAUGAUGUAAUAAUUGUUUAACCAACUCCACCCCAUAAGCAUUGCUCAAUAAACUAAAGCACUUUGUCUGCUCUG